AUGAGUUCCUCCAGACCUUCACCGCAGGCUCAGAUCUACCCUGGGAAAGGGCUGGGAUUCAUAACUCUCGGAGCCUCCCUUCAUAAUGUCUUAAGCCGCGUCAAGGCCCAUCCCCAGAUAUACCCCGCUAUUGAUAUUGCAUACUCCUCUGCAGAGCCCUUGAACAAGCCAGUAACCUUGCAACUUCCAUCGAGCGGUCUUCGUCUACGUUUUGAUGGACCCGACCAGCGGCUUCGCUUGAUCGAGGUCUUGGACUUCUCCAAGAUUGCACUUGUUUAUAAGAACCAGGAAGUACUGAAAGGUGUGAAACCGGGGGAGCAGUCGGUGACACAGCAAGGCCCCAACUUUCGCCAUGUCUACAACCGUCUCUUCGGGCCCUCCUAUCCUGGAGAGUAUAUACCUCCGGAUAGCCCUCAGUCGCCGUAUGGCACCUACGUGCUAUCGUACCCUGGAGUCGCAUUCUCCUUCCCACUGCAGAACUCGGCAUGGUCCGAUCAGUGUGACUUUGUAGCAUUGCUUUCCUCCUCAGCAGCCUUGCCAGCAACGUCUAUGGCCAUUUUUCAGGGCUCAUCUUGGCCCGAAUCUCGAAACAAACUAUUCACACAGCAGCCGCAAUUUCCGCGCUCGCCGGCAUUGGCAAGUAAGAGCAGAGAAUCUGUUCCAGACGAGAUUGAGGAGUUUCUCAUACUGGGUGGCGGCAAGAUUGAAGUAGUGCGAAGAUCGAGUCCAUCUGCAGUCAUCGCGCUGUCAGAAACCACUCCUCAGGAUCUAGUUGCGGAGUUUGGGCCGCCUGAUGCCAUCUACCGUAAACAUGAUCGGAGAAUAGCUAUUCAUCGAGCCGCCGGCCGUAGCGGUGGCGAGGACGCUCUUCACAUGGGUUCUUCUCCAGGCAGAAUAGAUGUUACUGACAUCGAUCAAUCUUCAAACAACAGUGUGUCCGAUGACUCUGAUGACGAGCUCUUCCAACCAAACGCAGCGGAUCCUUCGUCACUACCGUCAGAAUGCUUUUUCAACUACUUCCACCAUGGCUUUGAUGCGUUCAUCUCCUAUCCAACUACGCCUGGCCCCGCCUUUCCAGAAUCUGACCAGAGAGACCCCACUCCACCGCCGCCUCAUUCGCAGUUGGUCGUGACCAAAAUUAUUUUACAUGGAAAUGUGCCGGGUUCAUAUCCUUUCAAUCGCCACCGCCGAAGCCGUUGGAGGAUUGUUUUCAGUUCGCCUGAUGAUUUUGUUACUUCCGAGACUCGUUAUGAAGAGGUUUCGGAGCGUCUCAGGUCAACCUGGAAAGGAUCUUAUGCAAGCCCUGCGGAGGAGCGGGCUCUACAACGGCCCAUGGUUUUGAACCGAGGGUGGGGCGACAGCCCAGAGAGCAGCGUCGAAUUUCUCGGCGGAUGGGAAGAGAGCACCGGCAAAGGGCAGAGGACGGGCCACGAGGGGCAUGACGGCGGACUAGGCAAUACGGAGCUCUUCGGAUUCCCUGGUCUGUUGUUCGAGGUGAUGAAGAAUGGCGCAGUGAGCUGCUUGACUAUUUAUUGA